CCUGGACAGAGCCUCUAACAUCAUCAUAUUCUUCUUUUGUCUUCAAUUUCCUGCUUAUUCUUAGUGAUCAGCAGCCAUGGCAGACAUGAAAAUCCAUGGAAGUAUGAUCUCAACAGCCACCUUUAGAGUUCUUGCUUGUCUCUAUGAGAAGGAGGUUCAUGACUUCCAAUUUGUUAAUGUUGACAUGGCAAAAGGAGAACACAAGAAGGAACCUUACCUUUCUCUCAAUCCAUUUGGUCAACUUCCGGCCUUUGAGCAAGGAGAUUUGAAGCUCUUUGAAUCAAGGGCAAUCACCAAACACCUCGCGCAUGUAUACGCGACCAAGGGAAACCCAUUGUCAUGCCAUGGCGAGCUGUUGCCGAUGUUAAUGCAGUGGAUGGAGGUGGAGGAGCAGCAGUUCGAAUCCCCGUCGUCGAAGCUUGUUUUUGAACUAUGCAUAAAGCCAAUGCUUGGCAUGCCAAUAGAUGAAGCAGCAGUGGAAGGAAACACAGCCAAGCUGGCUAAGGUUCUUGACGUUUACGAGUCAAGAUUGGGUCAGUCUAAGUACAUGGCCUGUGACUGGUUCACCUUGGUUGAUAUGCACCAUCUCCCCAACAUUGAGUACUUGAUGGCUACAAAGGUCAAGACUUUGUUUGAUUCAAGGCCUCGGGUUAGUGCUUGGGUUAAGGAUAUCAGGGCCAGGCCUGCUUGGGCUAAGGUCCUUGCAAUGAAAACCAACCAAGCCUAAUCCGUCUUAAUGUAUUGUUGUAUUUUGGCUAUUUGCCCAUGUUUACUUUUAUGUAAGGUUGUAAAAAUCGGACAGAUCAUCGAACUAAAAAAUUUAUCAGUUUAUGAAUGGUCCAACCUAUGUUGAAUCGGGUUCGAACCGAUUUUAAUAUAAUAAAUUGUUAAAUAAAAACUUGCUUACUUAUAACUCUA